AUGGCAGACGCACUUAAACAAUCUUCAAUGUCCCGCGUUUUGAUAGUUGGAGGCUCCUUCGCAGGGGUGGCCGCCCUCAAGGCUCUGAUUAAGAAGAGUGCUAGCUCCACAAAGCCAUUGGAGGUUACGCUAGUCGAGCCCAAGCUCGGAAUGCUCAAUAUCUUGGGCAUUCCUAAAGCCGUGAUCGACCCGGACUUUGCAGUCGAAUCUUUUGUCUCGUUUGAUCGGGCAAACGUUUAUUGGGACACAAUCAGGCUUCAGGAAGGAUCGACGUUCGACGCCAAAAAAGUUUUGCGCAGUGAGAAUGGCGAUAAGCCAAAUGUGGGGAUCUUUGCUGAAGAGGUGAAGUACAAUCCUAAUCUGAAGCUUCAUUUUAUCCAGGGUCAAAUUACCCAGCUCUCCAAAAAUUCCGCCCACGUGAAGCUCGAGCAACUCGACAAGGGCAAGUUGCCCGACAAGUACAAGCCGAAAACCAAGGCAGAGGAGUUUGAUGUUUCUUUCGACAGCUGUAUCAUUUGCAGUGGUCGGACCCGAAACUGGCCGCUGGACCCUUUGUCUUCUACGUCGGAGGAAUUGAGAAAAGAGAUGACCGAUUCGGCCGAGCAGAUCAAGAACUCCAAGAAGACGGUGAUCAUUGGCGGCGGUGCGUUGGGCAUCGAACUCGCCGGCGAAAUCAAGCACGAGUACCCUGAGAAGGAGGUUGUUUUGAUCCAUCCCCACUCGACCCUGCCACCAGAGUCCCUUCUCGGUGAUCAGUUCAAAGAGCAGACGUUGGAGUUCUUGAAAAACUUGGGGAUUGAGGUGCUUCUCAACACGAGAGUCAAGACGGAGGCAGAGGAUGGCACGUUGGUGACCACCGACGGCCGCACUAUCAGCAGCGAUCUCGUUUUCUGGUGUAACUACAAGAAGAACAAUGUUUCUUUCUUGGCCAAGAAUUUCCCGACAGUGUUUGCAGCUAACGGCGACGUCGAAGUGACCAAGUACUACGAGUUAAAGACGGCAGACGGCAACGUGAUUGAGAAUAUUUUUGCGGUUGGUGAUUUGGCGAACCUUGCACUGGUGAAAACCGCCGGAUGGGCUUUUAGACAGGGAAUGCAAGCCGCCAAUAACGCAUUGGAGCUACUUUCCACUGGUUCUAAGGAGAACUACGAGAGUGUAAACGAGGAGUUUCUGAACAAGGCCGGAAUGGUUUUAGUGGUUGGAAUGAAUCAAAGUAUCUGCGAGGACUUCCAAGGUUCGGUGUUUGUCAACGACCCAGAGCACCUUGAGAUGUACACGGACUACAGACUACGCAUUGACCUUGAUCUCCUCGCACCCGUUGUCUAUGAACCACUUGAGCUGGCUUUCAGACAACUGAUAGUAAUUGAACUCGUCCCAGUCCUCUUUUCUGACUUGUGUUGCAAAGAACUUGUUAAACAGGUUGUUGCUGCCACGGUAAACCACCAGUCCGCCAUCAGCGGGGCCAUGGUUGCUCAAGCUGAUGAUACCCUGAACACAGUGGAGCCCAGGCUUGAAAGGCGACUGGUCAAAGUGCGGCCAUGGCUUCAUUUCUGGAGCAUCAGCUCUGUUUGGAAAAGUCACGUUCAACGCGUCGAAAGAGGCCAGCAACUCAUCUGUGCCCCAGAGCUUUUCGAACUCGCCAAGAACUCCCGGCUCCAUUCUGGCGUCCCACACAAACUUUUCGUGGGUGACUCCGUAGCAGUUGUAUGCGUUGAUGUCAGCAUCAACCGGAGGCAGGUUCUCUUUUCUCCAAGUUUUAGGGUCAUCAAAGUCGAGUUCAUCGUUUCCGAAGCUCUUCAUCCACUUGAAAGCUUCCUGCUGAGCGAAGCAGAUUGGGCAUCGAUGAUUUCGUUUGGAACAGACUUGGUCUUUUUCACGACAAUGCCUGGCGAGUCCUUGUACGUUCUUACAGACUUCGUGCUGAUUGGCUCAAGCGUGAGGGUUGAAUUUGUCACUGUAGUCGUCAUUCUGUAUGGUGUCGGUUAUCUCAGAAGCCCCAUCUUAUAUAUGCGCUCCGGGAAUUGA